AAAUGCAGCUGUGGGCUUUCUGACUGUGUGGGCGACAGAUUCCAUGAGAUGCUUCAGGUUUUUUCAGAAUUACAGGCUCAGUCACUCUCAAGGAUGGGAGCUAAACUAGCACCUCUUCUACUCUUCUUAAUUUUUGGACAGGUUUUCCAUCUCACACUGUGUCAUAAUGUGUUUAUCGAUAAUAAGGAAGCCUCUCAGAUUAUUCGUGCGAAGAGGGCCAACACUGUUUUUGAGGAGUUAAAGCCUGGCAAUCUUGAGAGAGAGUGUGUGGAAGAGAUUUGUGACCACGAGGAAGCCCGUGAAGUGUUUGAGAGAGUUGAUAAAACGGAAAUCUUUUGGGCGAAAUAUUUAGGCUGUGAAGGAACAACAUUGUCCAGAACACCCCAAAAUAUUAAGAGUUUGAGAAUAUGUGCGACUACAGAAGGGGACUGUUUCAUAAAUAUUGGAGAAAAGUAUGCUGGUAAAGUAUCUGUUACCAAGUCUGGAAAGGCAUGCCAGUACUGGAAAAGCAACUUUCCCCACAAGAUUGACGAAUUUAAUGUGACACAGCUGAAGCUACCGGAGAACUUUUGCAGAAACCCAGAUAAGAACAAAGAUGGCCCUUGGUGUUUUACUAGAGACCCGACUGUCAGGAGGGAGCCCUGCAAUGUGCCAAAAUGCGGUGAGACUGUUCCUCCUAAUCCAAAAGCUCCUACUGCAAACCCUGAGCAGCGUCAUGUGAUAAGCAAAUGUCUGCCUGGAAACGGUGAGACCUACACCGGGAAUUUGUUUGUGACUCUGGGGCUGCACACCUGCCUGCAGUGGAGCUCCGCAGAAGUGCAAGCCUUGAUUAAGAAGAAGGAGCUUCUACCUCAAGUUCAGCUGGUGAAGAACCAUUGCAGAAACCCAGAUGGAGAUAUGGAGGGUCCCUGGUGUUACAUAAAGGCAGCAGGCGGAAACAUUACCAUUGAUUACUGUGAUUUAGAGUUGUGCGAUGCUCCUUUGGACAAGUUUGUAGAAGAAGGGGGUGGACGAGAAAGAACAACUCUAGACCAAAGGAAAGCUUUCUUUAACCCCCGCAGCUUUGGCAACGGAGAGCAAGAGUGUGGAGAGCGCCCCUUGUUUGAGAAGAUCAACAAAGCGGACAGGAACGAGAAAGAGCUUCUGAUGUCCUACACUGGAAGCAGAAUCGUGGGAGGAGACGAGGCUGAAGUAGCUAGCGCUCCAUGGCAGGUGAUGCUGUAUAAGCGUAGCCCUCAGGAGCUGCUGUGUGGAGCCAGUCUGAUCAGCGAUGAGUGGAUUCUCACCGCUGCCCACUGCAUUCUUUACCCGCCGUGGAACAAGAACUUCACAAUCAAUGACAUCAUUGUCCGCCUUGGAAAACACUCUCGUACCAAAUAUGAGAGAGGCAUUGAGAAGAUUGUGGCCAUUGAUGAAAUCAUUGUCCACCCUAAAUACAACUGGAAGGAAAACCUGAACCGAGACAUUGCUCUUCUCCACAUGAAGAAGCCUGUCGUUUUUACGAGUGAGAUCCACCCUGUCUGUCUGCCCACCAAGAACAUUGCAAAGAAUUUGAUGUUUGCAGGUUAUAAGGGCCGUGUAACUGGCUGGGGAAACCUUCGGGAAUCUUGGACCUCAAACCCAACGAAUCUCCCCACAGUUCUGCAACAGAUUCACUUGCCCAUUGUUGAACAGAGCAUCUGCCGCAAUUCCACCUCGGUCAUCAUCACCGACAACAUGUUCUGUGCUGGUUACCAGCCUGAUGAUACAAAAAGAGGUGAUGCCUGUGAAGGAGACAGUGGAGGGCCUUUUGUGAUGAAGAGUCCUUCAGAUAAUCGCUGGUAUCAGAUUGGCAUUGUGUCGUGGGGCGAGGGCUGUGACCGCGAUGGCAAAUAUGGAUUCUACACUCACUUGUUCCGAAUGAGGCGCUGGAUGAAAAAAGUCAUUGAAAGAACUGAUUCGGGAGAUGAUGAAUGAUCUUCCAGUCUAGAAACAAACACAAGAAAUUAACACUUUGGUCAAAUUAGAUGAGAUAAAUUUGCCGAAUAAAUUUGAAUUCGUUGUAUGGUGA